UACACUAACAUGACUUGAAGCUUGCUUAUAUAAAGACUUAAAGGACCCUUUGUUCCCCCAUCUCCUCAACAACACUCACUCAGAACAAGACAAAACAAAAACCCCAAAACUCUCAAGAAAAAAAAAAGAAAAGAAAUGGCGAUACUAUGCACAACAACAUCUCCGGCAGAGAAAGAACACGAACCAAAACAAGAUCUUGAAAAAGACCAAACUUCUCCACUAAUCUUUAACCCUUCUCUUCUUAACCUCCAAUCCCAAAUCCCAAACCAAUUCAUUUGGCCAGACGAAGAGAAACCUUCCAUUGACAUUCCAGAGCUCAACGUCCCGUUCAUCGAUCUCUCAAGCCAAGACUCGACUCUUGAAGCUCCUAGAGUCAUCGCAGAAGCUUGCACCAAACACGGCUUCUUCCUCGUCGUCAAUCAUGGCGUCAGCGAGUCACUAAUAGCGGAUGCUCACCGUUUGAUGGAAAGUUUCUUCGACAUGCCUCUCGCCGGCAAACAGAAAGCUCAGAGAAAACCCGGUGAGAGUUGUGGCUAUGCAAGUAGCUUCACCGGCAGAUUCUCCACUAAGCUCCCAUGGAAGGAGACUCUCUCUUUUCAGUUUUCCAACGAUAAUAGUGGCUCGAGAACCGUUCAAGAUUACUUUUCCGAUACAUUAGGACAAGAGUUCGAGCAGUUUGGGAAGGUGUAUCAAGACUAUUGUGAAGCAAUGAGUUCUCUAUCACUCAAGAUCAUGGAGCUUCUGGGCUUAAGUUUAGGCGUAAACCGAGACUAUUUCCGAGGAUUUUUCGAAGAGAACGAUUCGAUAAUGAGGCUCAAUCAUUAUCCUCCAUGCCAAACACCAGAUCUCACGUUAGGUACAGGACCUCAUUGUGAUCCAAGUUCUUUGACCAUCCUUCAUCAAGACCAUGUCAAUGGCCUUCAAGUCUUUGUCGACAAUCAAUGGCAAUCCAUUCGUCCCAAUCCCAAGGCUUUCGUUGUCAAUAUUGGUGACACUUUCAUGGUAAUUGAAAACAUUCUAAGAAAGUAAACACAUUUUGGUUACUCAUACAGAAAUGGUUAAUCAACUUUGGUUUUGUAGGCUCUAUCGAACGGGAUAUUCAAGAGCUGUUUGCAUAGAGCGGUUGUGAAUAGAGAGAGCGCGAGAAAAUCGAUGGCGUUUUUCUUGUGUCCGAAGAAAGACAAAGUGGUGAAACCACCAAGUGAUAUUUUGGAGAAGAUGAAAACAAGAAAAUACCCUGACUUCACUUGGUCUAUGUUCCUUGAGUUCACUCAAAAACAUUACCGAGCAGAUGUGAAUACUCUCGAUUCCUUUUCGAAUUGGGUUAUUACCAACAACAAUCCCAUCUAAGAAACAAAAUUAUUUACUAUCUCAAUCUUUUGUUUUUCUUUGGUUACUUUGUGUCCUUUGUUCUCAUGGUGAAAUGCAUUAAAUUGCAUUUCAAAGUUUUAAACGUUUGUAUAUUGAUUGUUCCAAGCUUUAGACCAAUCCCUACCGUAUGAGCUCGUUCAAUGAAUAAUUUGAAUGAAAAAUUCAAAGAAAUUUUUCUUCAUCUUUGUU